CCGGACUUAUAUCCAAAAUAAUCAUUUAACUUUGCAUGUGCAUUGUGAACCUUGAUUACAAUAUACAGGAUAUAAACCCCUCGGGCGGUUAUCAUGUGGCAUCCGUAGUCCCACCUCCCUGACUCUGAGCCACGAUGCCCCAGCUAGAAGAACACUCGGAUAAGAUUGUCAUCGAGGUCGCAGAAAAAUUCGACCCCGCCUCUUACUACGAGCAGGCUGCCGGUCGUUUGGUGAUUGAUCCUCAGCAGGCGAAGAUCGAGUUUGGCGAGGCACUGGCUUCGAUGCUUAAACUGAGCCCUGACGGCUCUACGAUUCUCUGGCCACAACCUGCCGACGACCCGAAUGACCCACAGAAUUGGAGUGAUUGGCGUAAAGCACUGCACCUUCUUGUUAUCACUCUGGCAGCCUGCAUACCCGAUUUUGAUUCAGGAAUUGGAAUUGCUUCAAUCUUUGGAUUGGCACAGACAUAUAGCACAACAACAGGUGUUAUCAACAACCUCACAUCCAACUGGAGCAUUUUCCUGCUAGGAUGGGGCGGGAUCUUUUGGGUAAUGCUCAUAAGACGUUACGGUCGCCUUCCUGUGCUAUUUUGGACACAGGUUUUUGCCCUCGCCUUCCUCGUCGGCGCUACCUUUUCACCGGAUCUGGCGACCUUCACAGCAAUGCGCUGUUUGACAGCAUUUUUUGGGACAUGUCCCCAGGUCACAGGCCUGUAUGUUGUCACUGACAUAUUUCCAUUCCAUCUACAAGCUCGAAAGUUGAAUAUUUGGACCUUUGGAUUCAUCAUAUCCCCAUUUUUAUCGCCAUUCGCUUUUGGCUUUCUCGUAGCACGUACGAGCUGGCGAUGGGCCUAUGGGAUUGGAUCGCUCUACAGCGCCUUCGUUGUACUCCUAAUCGGUCUGUUCAUGGAAGAGACGAUGUACGACCGCCAUCUGGAUCCCGACCAACAACGAAUAUUGCCAGGCAUGCGAUAUCGACUCGAGACCCUGAUUGGCAUCACGGGGUAUAAGAUGGCCAAGUAUCGGUCACGCUGGUCUGACAUUGUGUGGGCAUGUUUAAACGUUGUAUGGAGGCCUCAAUUUUUCUUGGUUGUAUUUUUUGAAACUUUUGUUUUCGGAUUCUCAAUUGGUAUCAACGUGACGAAUGUUGUUUUUAUGGGCUCCCCUCCUCCAGUCGGUUUUGGAUUCAGCCAAUUUGGGGUUGCUGGUGCAUACGCGACUCCGAUCCUAGCGGUGAUUCUAGGAGAGUUGGGCGGGCGAUUCCUGAACGACCGAAUUAUGAACUUCACUGUUCGGAAGAAUAAGGGUAUAUUUGAGGCUGAGAGUCGAUUAUGGGCGUGUUAUGCAGCAAUGCCACUGUUCAUCUGCGGCUUCUUGACAUUGGGAGCUGGUAUUCAGCAUUUGAAUAAAGCUGCAUUGAUUUUAGGGUGGGGAAUAGCAGAAGUAGCGGUCAUGGUGAAUACAGUUGCCGUUUAUGCGUAUUGCAGUGAUUGCUUCCCGCAGCGUCAGGGUGAAAUCAGUGCUCUGCUCAACCUGGCGCGCACGCUCGGUGGCUUCAGCGUAGCAUACUUCCAAGUCCCAUGGGCGACGAAAUCUGGUGGAAUUCAGGUAUUUGGUGUUGAAGCAGCGAUUGUGAUGGGAUUGUUUCUACUUGCCGUGCCAACAGUGCAACUGAGAGGGAGAUAUUUCCGGGAGCACUUCGCCUUAUAACGCGAUGCUGCUAUUUGAUAACUCCGAGGCAAGUGCAAAUAUGAGAACUGUAUUCUGUGGAGACGUUUGCACCAUUACACGGCAGGUCAUACAUUUUGUAAUUCUGAUGUCUAAAUUCAGCCCAAUGUUCAUAUCACAUAAUAUGUAUGGUUUUCGCGUUAUAUAUGGAUGAUAUCUGGGUUUUUACAUCGUACAUACAUUGUAGGUACAUCAUAUGUACAUCCGUGGGUAUGAAAGAAAACCGAGAAAAAUUGGA